AGGCGUUGAAUCAAUUUCUGGAAAUUGUGAAUGAGAUCCGUAUUCAACACAACACGAGUAAUAUGUCGACCAAAACGGCGCUCAAGUUUCUGAUGGCCCGCAAGUUUGAUGUCCACCGAUCUCUGGCCUUAUAUGAAGCGCACGAAAUGACCCGAUAUCGGGAGGGUUUGGCCACAUUUGAGCCCAACUCACAGCCCCUUAAGGCUGAGUUGGAAACCGGAAAAUUCACAGUUUUGCCCGUUCACGACAGUAUCGGUGCCGCCAUUGCCAUGUUUUCCGCCGGGAAGCACUUCCCCAGUGAGACAUCACACCAAACCACUCUUAAGGGUGUUGUCUAUCAAAUGGAUGUGGCGUUAGAAGAUGUCGAGACCCAAAGGUCGGGAAUUGUGUUCAUAUAUAAUAUGAUUGGUUCCAAGUAUUCCAACUUCGACUACGAGUUGAGCCAAAAGAUCCUGAGUCUUCUGAAGGGCGCAUAUCCGGCGCGACUGAAGAAGGUGUUGAUAGUGAUGGCGCCGAUUUGGUUUAGGGCUCCCUUCAAGAUAUUGCGACUCUUUGUGAGGGAAAAACUUCGCGAUCGAGUAUUUAUGGUAAACGUGUCACAACUCGGUAUU